UCAGUCUGAAGGCUACCGUGUGGCUCUCUGUUAUGGACAGUGUCUUUACAACACUACGUUUUGUUUUGUAUGAUGAUUUUGCCUCUUUUACGUUUCCGGAUUUUGUUUACGUUCGCUCGGACCGUCUUUUUCAGUCGACAAUGCUCGGUAUCAUCAGUUGGUCGGUGUUGACAGUUUAACUAACGGCUCGGUGAUUCAGUAGCUUAGGAAUAUUUUUUUUUUCUUCGCCAAACUGGAAAUACUUUAUGGAAAAGCGAAAACUUCCCUAACAUUUACAUGUUUCUUUUCAGUCAACUCGUCGUAAUUGUCCUGGACUCGUCGUAGUUUAUUUUGUUGGUGCGGGACAGACUUGAUAUUUUACAUCGAGCCUAGAGCUUUUCACUGAACUUGUGUAUUGACUACUGGCUAUGGGCUAGCUAGAACUUCAUCAAUACAUCUCAAUGUUUAAAGAGUGUGUUGAAGUGAAAGUGAAAGACUGAUUAACGUUACCUCUACUUUACAACAUGCGAAGACAACAAACAUGUGGACUCUUUGCUGACCCAUCGUUGAGGCUACAGAUAUGCUUUUAACGGCGUGAUUCAGUUGUGCAUGCAUGCCCCUCCAUGCCUUUGUUGGCAUCUAAUGGAAGAAAAAGCACCGAUCAGGUCCACCAUGGUAUCCAGACUGCCUAAGUUCGGUGGACGCUCCUCGACUGGUGGCGCCAGCCCAGUUUCCAAUGGUUCCACUCAGCCAACGACCACUGCCCAGGAUGGUAAGACCACUCCUCCAGGAACACGCCCAAAUGGCGUGAUCCAUGCGUCUCCUUUCUCCCUGAAAUGGAGGAGAGAUGAAGGGAUGACCCACUCCAGCCCUACCACCCCCACUACCCCAGGGGAUGGAGGUGAAGACAAGGCUCAGACGCAGUUUCCCUCAUUGGCAAAGGAGGUAAAGAAUGGAUCUCCAGGGACGCCAAAGAUGCGAAGAUCAGGCACUUUAAUGGUUGCCGUAUCUAGCCCCAAGGCCAUCCCCAAGCAAUCCUCAAAGAUGAGUCCCAAAGUAGGGACCAAGCUUGGCCAAAGCUCACUUAAUGGAGGUCCUAAAAUGGGUAAUAAUGGCUCAGGCAUUCCUGCCCGAACAGGGUCCGAUUCCCGCCUUGUGCGGCCAAGGUUAGGCUCCAGCUCUCCCAGAAGCAGCUCUCAAGACAGCCUGUCCCAGUCCAGUGACAGCCUGAAGACCUUAGCACUGGACAACAUGGUGCGUUCGAACAGCUUCACUCACUUCAAGCAGAUUCCCUCGCCCACAAGCCAGCCCAUGACACGGUCCUUCUCCUUUAACCGGGCUGUGGAGCUGGCCAAACCUCUAGCCAACACUCAGCUCCGGCCUCCUCGGAGUAAUUUCCUCAAACCCCCUCAGUUGAGCAAUGGAAGAGUGGGCUUAGCACUUGGAGGCCUGAAUGGCAGUCUGGGAGGUUCAGGAGGUCUAGUUGGAGGACUUGGAGGACUUCAGUACAGCAGAACUCCUCCAACUGCCUCCUCGCUGCCUACUCCCUCGAUUCCUCCAGCACCCACUACUCCCAGUGCUCUGAAGAAGCCUCUGCUCCCGAGUUGUGUGCUUACCAAGUCACUGGGCAGCAGUGGGGGGUCUUUGGGCUACAGGCUGGCUCGAUCUGGGCAGGCCAAGCAGCAGAAGCCUCUUUUUCCAGGCAGGGUCAAGGGGGAUAUCAGACCUUCAGCUGCCCCUGAGUGUGGAGAACUAUUAGGGAUAACAAUAGACACUGAGCUGACGAGUGAGGCUGAAAAAGCAGACUUUCACAGUGACAGUGAUGGAAGCUCUGGAGCUAGAGGAGGAAAAGGAGGAGGAAGUGGUGUGCUUAGGCAGCUCUCUGGCCAGGCGGCCGGCGAGACUCUGGAGGAUAUGUCCUUAUCUUCUGCCUCGUCUCUAGACAGAGCCGACACCAGUGAAGAGUUUUUAGACGACUUUGACAGUGUGGGAGAUGUGCUCAGUGAUGGGGACAUGCCUGACAACAGGAAAAGUGGCACCACUACCCAAACCUGCCUACACAACUUUCUCAAUGAGACCAUUGACUGGGACACGAUAGAUCUAGCAGUACAUGAAGAAGAAAGCCCUAUGCAGGACUCAGAGGGGCCGCUGGUGCUGUGUCCAGUGCGAGGUGUUGCCCCCCACGCUUCAUCUGUGGAGCUGUCACCCUCCAACAGCUCUGGUGGAACUUACAUGUGGGACGAGGAGGGUCUUGAGCCCCUUGGAGGACCUGGGACUCAUCCAUUAGACAGUUAUGAUGAUUCAGAGCUCAACAGUAUGGAUAUCCUGAACAACCUGGACCCUCGAGGACCUGGAGAGUUGGAUGAUGAUGACCUCAUGCUAGAUGUGGACCUCCCAGAGGAUGGCUUGCAUGACGUUGACAGGAUGUCCCACAUUGAGCGCUCAGACAGAGUCGGUCGGCAGGGGCAGCGGCGUAAACAGCACCGCUGGAGUGCACCAGAUCACUUCCACAAUGAUGGCAGGGCUCAUGUCUUCCAGCACUUUGAUGGACUCAAAUCUUCAAGGGUCUCCUCACGGCCCGCCCCCUCUGAAAGCAGGCAGCGUGGCUACAUGGCGAUGCUGGAUGAACUCACGCUUGAGCACAUGACUCAAGAUUGUAGCUCGCUCAAGAACCAGCUGCUCAGGCUCAAAACAUUACUGAAGCUUGAGGAUACAGACUCUCCAGCAGAUCCUCCUGAGGAGAUUGAAGACAAUACCACUGCAUCACAAUUGGAAGAGCUGAUUAAGGAAGUGCAGGUGCUCAGAGAGGAGCUGAGGAGUCGAGACAAGACCAUUGCUCAGCUCACAGUGCAGUGUCAACAGCUACAACAACAUCAGCGGGAACAAAUGCCUGCUCAAGGACGUCAGGUCAGGUGUCAGUGCCACCACCAGAGGUCUCUCUCUUCACUACGUCAGAGUGACAGACAGAUGGACAGACGGAUGCAGCAUCACUAUGACAAGGCCACCCAGACAUACUGGAGACCACCCAGCCAUGCUCCUCAAAUACUACAGCCUUUCAACCCCUGCCUCAACGAGCACCUCCACCAGGGAAAAAUAGUAAAAACUCCCCCCACCGAGGGCCACAGUGACCUGACAAGGAGAAGAUCAGAUGAAGGAACCCAUAUAGAUGCUGACCGUCCUCUUGAAGGCCUUAUGGCAGAUGUGUCCAGCCCAGCAGACCCCGACAAGCUGAGUCAUCUCUUCAGCACCCACCUGCACUGCCUGGGCUCUGGGGCUCCACAGGGGGUUAAAGCUAGAGACAGCCCAGCGUCGGCAGCUCAGUCUGCAACACAGCAUGAGUGGAAAGCCCCUGCCGUGAUGCCGCAGAACUCUUUCACCCCUAGAUCUGCUGGUUCGUCUUGCCCUCGCAUGCUGCAGCCUCCUCGCCUUCAAAAGCGUAUCUCUCUCCCUGCACUCAAGCCAGGGGGCACUGGUGGCUUUGCCUCUCUGAAGCUGGGGUCCUCCUUAGGGCCUCUGACUAACCGGACCAAGCAGCUGCCCCCUCCGUCUAGAGGCCUUCCCUGCUUUAACGCUGGACCCCAGGUGCAGGCUCCGAGUCUACGUCGCACUUCACUGCUUCAGCCAUUCAGAGCAUCACACCCUUGCAGGGAUACACAGUGCGCCAAGUCCAGCCUGGUGGAGCCUGACCAGGGGACGCUCAAAGACCCCGGGUCAGCCAAGAUCCUUAUCCCUUAUGGUCGAUCAUGUCUCCCCAAGCCAAAGAUUCCCUAAGGAACUUAACUCCACCCAUCAAAACCUAAAACUGGAAUCACUCUGACAUUGAUAUUUAUUACCCGCCCCUGCCCAACCCCCCAGCCAUAGUAACAGUUUGGUUGAAAGAACAUACACAGAGUACAUUAACCCAUAUGGACCAUUUAGGGACUACCUGUGUCAGUGACUGCUGUACAGUAUCAUUUCUAACUGCCCGACUGACUGAUUGGAAUAUAAUAUGAAGCAGGAUCAUGAUCUUCACAACAAUCCACAGUGAGAAAAACAUGUCGACUUAACUAGCUUUGCACAUGCUCGUGAAUGCUGCUGAUGCAAGAAAAAAAGAGUAUUUCCAUUCAGAGAAGUCAGCCUUUUGUUUUGUUUUGUAAAACCCGCUGGCUAUUACCACAUUUAAAGUCUAAGUUCACUCGUCCUUACACAUCUGUGCCCUCCUGACACACAGGUGCGUUUGGUUUUAAACACUGAGGUGACAUAAAUGUGACUUUUGCUGUGUAAUAGAAAGCCCAGGGGGGGAUGGAGGCAGAAACAAACAGUGAGAAAUAAAGAAAAAAAAGAAUAAAAUAACAGUAGAAGUGAAAUAGGGGCAAGAGGCUGAAAAGCAAAUUCGUCAAAGCUCUCUGGAGCUGUCACUUCCAUAAUGAAAAUAUGUGUUUGUAUAAAUGAGUGUUUGUGAGAAAGAGAGGGAGAUACAGAGAGGUGAGGGACAAAGAGCAAAGCAGCUCCACGCUGUAGAUUUAUACAUGUUUCUAGGUCAGUUUGCUAGACUUACAAUCUGAGUGAAACUUUGAACCCUUCACAUAUUAGCCGAAGGGGUCGCAAAUGUUCUGUGUAAAUGCAGCCCAGAUGGAAAUAUCAUGCUGGUGGCACAGGUAUGAUUAGGAAAAAACAGUAGUAUGCAAGUGAGGAAUUCGCUCACAUAAUGUGGAAAAGAGCAGUGUAAUAAAGCACUCACACACUUAUGUGAGCUGAGGCACAAUGUGGGCUCGCUUACAGCCAUGCACAAACACACACAAAGUACUCCAACACUCUGAAGUGUCUGUUCUUUCGGAGGUUACUUUGUGCAUUUUUAGAUAGAAAAUAGUGAAGAGUAACAGGAAGUCUGACGAGAGAGCAGACAGCAUGCAACAAAGCUAAAUUAAUACCUUACUGGAUAUCAUAGUCCUUUAAAAGACAAUCACAACACACAAAAAAAAAAAAGUGAGGAAAUGUCACUUGUUUCCAGUGAAAAUAAUUGUGUUUCAGAAGUGCUGAGAACUCUCCAUGUUGGUUGCCUCAUUUUAAGACAUCACAAUUUAAUGCAAGAAUAUUAAACAAGUCAAAUUCAGGAGGGAAAGGUGACACUUGAUUUAAGAAAAGAGAAUUUUGGAGCAAAUUAAAUAACUUGUUAAGAGGGACGUUUUUGCAAUGCGCGCUGACCUCCUUGAACUAUCUCCCUCAAUAACCCACACAUGGAUAUAUCGGCUAACAGGGAUUCAUUAGACGUGGGAAGCUGCUGCCUGCUGAAUGUGUAUGUGUGAGUGUGUGUUUGAGCUGUUGCCGUCCGUCCUCCCCCCCUGUCUCUCUCCUCCUCUCGCUCUCUUGCACAUCUCUUUGGAAACAUCAAAGGUAUUAGCGCGGUAUUUUCAGGUAGGGAGCCUUCGGGGCUUUAGAGGUGUUUCUCUGGGAGUUUUUGAGAAUUGUGUUUAUCUCUCCUUUGCGGAACCCUUUUGCAGUCAAAUGUUCCCGAAAUGUCCCCUAACGGAGAGCAGCAGUGUGUUAAAAAGGCCUUCUGACAGCAACUUUGCUCUCUUCUCUGUCACGCCGCGUGACCGCGUGGUGUACGCCUCUGGCACUGUCCGGUCUACUGCGUCCAAUAAUGCACCCUAUAUAGACAGAGUGAGACAGAGAGAGAGAGAGAGAGAGAGACACACACACACACGCACGCACACACACUCACAUCACAUGCAUACACAUAGACGCACAUGUACAGGAACUCUGACAAAACUCAAAGAGACACAAACUCAGACAGAGCUCACACAUCACGUCAGGUUUCCCAGUGGCCGCACGAGUGCGGCAACAUGCACACACACGUUGAAUUUUAAACCAAAGUGCAUAAAAGUGUGUUAGUGUUGUUUUGGUAGCUCUCACAAAAUGAGCUCUCCAAGUACACACUGAUCCAUCUGUCCGCUGUAGCUAAAUAAAAAUGGCUGAUUCAGAUUACCCUGGAAAUAGGUAGAGGCUCGCGUGCGUGCGUUUCUGAGUGUGGAUCCAUGUGGCUGAUAAAACAUGUUUACCUGUUGGAUGGCUCAACAUUGUGCUGAAGCAUCCAAGCAGUCAACAGCGCUCCGUGAAGCCAAGAAAAACUCAUUUCUUUUAAUGAAAACGGAAACUGGGACCGAAAGAUACAUACAGAGGAUGGGAAAGAUGCUCAGCUAGAGACAAUAAGAUGGAGCAGCAGGAAAGAGACAAGAUUAAGAGAUGUAGUGAUGAAGUAGUGAAAGCGCGAUGAUCAAGAUAAGCUGAAUGUUUGUCUGUAAAAUAUCAUGAAGGUGUGAAUGAGAGAGGGAGACGGAGGCCAUAGCAUACUUUGUUUGUGUGCACUGUUGUCCAGAGAAUAGCCUGGUCCCCACAGCUGUGUCACUCACUGCUUAGUAAUGCCAAACAGGAAAUCAAUGUUGCCUGUUGUGUGUUCCCCUGUUUAUGUCUGUUUGUUUGUGUGUGUAUGUGUAUGUGUCUGUGCGUGUGUGUGUGUAAAUGAGCAUCUCCAGCCACCUCUGGCUGCCAGUGUUUCAUUCUUGGAAGAGUGUGUGUGAGUGUGAGAGUGAGAGAGAGAGAGAGAGAGAGAGAGAGAGAGAGAGAGAUGUGUCUGCCCACAGGCCAAAGGCAAACCCAUGCCAGGGAAAGCAGGGCAGUGCCACCAUAUCUCUAAAUCAAUGUCCCUGCUCAGUUUAGCAGUCAAGCCAAUCAGUGUGGCUAGCUAUGCUUUAACAAAAUCACAACUGGGCUGAAAACUCUCUGCACCAACUUGGAUCACUUCUACUACAGGCUCUUGAUCCACUUUGUUUUGUGAGAAGACUUGUGAGAAGAGUAAUUAAGCUGCAUUACACAACAGGAAAAAUGUUACCAAAGGGUCCAUGUUGUCCUACAUUACUACUCUGAAUGGCACAGAACUGCAUCUUGGCACAUUGUCUAUCUAUGAAGAUGUUUUCUUGCAAUACAAUGAUGAUGCACAUCAACUAAGACACGUUACUUGACUUCCACUGAUAUUUAGAACAUAAAGCAGGGUUACUGCAAAGAAAAAAAAGGCAUAUUUACUUUUUCAAGCUUUUAAUUUUACUUUAAAGCUGCUAUAUGCAAUAUUUUUAUAUUAACAAAGGAUGGAAUGACUAUGUGUAUGUAAAAGGAGUUGCUUGUAAUGACAAACCCAGAGAUGAUUAUCACCUAACUUCUUAGUUUGCCUCAGCUCUGUGGAACAUUUAAGCGUCUCAGCAAAAAAAGCUCUGGUAAACCCACUGUGCACUACCUGCCCAGCACCAUACUGCAGAGAGACAAAUAAAGUCAGUGGCUAGCUGGUGAACACAGUGGAGCAUUUAGCAGCUAAAGAGCCAGAUAUUUCCCUCAGUAGUUAGUGGAGAGCCAAACAGAGAAAUGAUUGGAAGUGCACCCAAACUUGACUGCAAAUGAAUGCUAAUUCUGCUACAUAUCUGCUGAAUGAGUAAAUACUGUAAGAUACUGUUUUCUAACAUAUGUGAAUAUCAGCUUCAUAAGGUGUUGGUGUUUACAGCUCGUGGCCAAAAACAUCUGUUGGUGCAUUUGCAAAACCCUAAAUAGAGAGUUGUUUCUUCGCCACCUCUACCUUGUCCUGAUCGUGGUUAGAGUAAAAGUAAAAUCCAAAGCUUGAAAAGGCAUUUUUUUGUUUGUUUAUUUCCGGAGUAACUCUACUGUUCUAACUGUACUUGACUUGUGGUUUGGUAUGUUUGUUCUCCAAGCAGCAACAGACACAGCAUAGUCCAUUGAUCCACCACUCAAGCGUUACAGUUGUCAUUUUCAUCAUAGCUGAAUUUCCACCUAGAGGUUUAAAGUGUUCACAGAUAAAGCACAAACCGUAGUGAAGCUUUUCAGAUUUUCUUCAUAUAUUAUGCAAGGUCACUGUAUAUCACUACCUAAUCUCCAGUAUGAGCUGUUUUCAGUUGUUAAGCACUGUCUCCAGAAAACUGUGCAAUAUUGUUUGAAGCAAAAAGUUGAGGGAACGCUACACUAUAUUUUUAGUAACCUUUUAUGCAAAUGAAAAAAAGCAAUUAAAGCUUUUUUUAAUUUUAAUUUUAAAAUUCUAAUCUGAAGCACUUUAAAUGACAUUAGUUGUUAAGGCUGAAUGAAUAUUAUACUGGAUUUAGAAGCUACUUAUAUUUCUUAUGGUUCUCUUAAUCUUUCUUCUUUCCAAAUUUGUCUCUGUUUGCAGAGCGGAUCAUACUUUUGUAGGAAGCGAUGUGCGACAGCAAUAAAGGUUGAACCAAAACUCUGACGAGGGUUUUUCUUUUUGGAUCAUUUUCAGUUGAAGCUCUGCCACCUUUCACUAUCUUUCUUUAAUAUGUUGUUUCCAUCACAACUGCUUGAAUGUUAGACCAGUAACCUCCAGGUGUGUUUACCUGUGUUUAACUGUAGGGCAGAGUCAAAAUAUUUAACAUCAGGGCAGAGGAAUGUUGUUCUGCCAUUGAUGAGAGGCCACAGGUGAAAACGUGUCCUACACUGAGAGGUGCUGUAUAACUCAGUCAAUGCUUUUCAUGGAUCUGGAUCAUAAACGCUCAACAACAUGUAAACCCACAAACGUAAAGCUGCUGAUCUCAGUAUGAAAGAGAAACCUCAUUCUCUGUUUGUUUUCCUGGUUUUCACUAUCUACUGGUUGUUAAUCUGUUCAAAUAAAGUAUGAUUGUGAAACAAA